GUUGGUGCAUUGAGACCAUAAUAGUCCCUGAGUAGAUUGCGAGCUCUUCGUCUGGGCGUGGUCUGAUCUGACGUUGUGCCCGCUCGAGGCGUGGACGCGACCGAGCCUGUCGAGCGAUGCGACGAGGUCCUCGGCAGCGGUGGGGCCAUCGCAUGCAAGCUGACCGCUGAGCCGGUGAGCCUGGUCAAGUCGAAGAAGCGCGCGGCAGUCGACAUCGACAGUCGCUCGCUGCCGUCAGGAUGAACAUCGACCCCUCUCUGCUAUCGUCACGGCCUGGCAAUGCUGCGACAGGAGCGAGCACGUCUACAGAUGCACCCACGCAAGCCCAACUGAGAGCGGAAGCCACGAGGAACGAACACAACGAGGACCUGACCGCGCAAGAAAGAGAUCUAGCUCACUUCCUGACGCUGCUAUCACAAGACGAUGCAAAGCCGCUCAUACCGGAUGAAGUGACGGAUUAUUACCUCGCUCGCGCAGGAUUCGAGUGCGACGAUGUCAGAGUGAAGAGAUUGGUAGCGUUGGCCACACAGAAAUUUGUAGCCGAUAUAGCGACAGACGCCUACCAGUAUGCACGGACGAGGACGCAGGCGACACCGGCUCUCGCUCGAGGCAAGGAAGCAGAUGUACCGCGCAAGACAGACAAGAGCAAGACUGUCUUGACGAUCGAAGACCUCAGUGCUGCCCUAGCAGAAUACGGUGUCAACGCAACUAGAGCGCCUUAUUAUCUCUGAUCAUGCUACUUCUCAGCGUUCAAGCCAAGUCAUUGUGUACCCCGUGUUGUAAUGAUGCGUUGACAACAAUAGUCUACUGCAUGCGUGUGCUAUGCGUUGCCAGCUACUGAUUCCCCAUUAGGUGUUGCUUACACUUGAUGCAUGUCUGUGUGCUCGUGUUCCGAGGCGGAAUGCUUCUCCAUACU